AUGCUCUUUCAAAAGCUAUUGUUGCUUGUGCUUUUGGUAGCUGUGUACGGCGAAAGCGGCUCUCAAAGUGAAGAGGAAGCGGCGGACCUAAGCAGCGAUAGUCUUUCCAGUGCUGAAGAAGAACAAGAAUUCAGCGAAAAUCAAGAGGAAUUCGCAGGUGAUGAAGUCGCAGGAGAUGAAGUCGCAGGUGAUGAAGUCGAGCCACUCGCAGGUGAUGAAAGUGAGGCACAUUCCGGUUCCGUCUCUGUGUCUAAUCCCGAGAAGGUUGACAAGUGCCACGAAUGUCUGAAGCAGAAGGCGUCGGAGUUUUCACGACAUCAAUGGCUUGAUGAGUGUGCCGAAGAUUGUCAAGGUGUAGCGACAAAAGAUCUAAGGAGCAAACUCUUUAAUCUUUGA